GUAAUAUCUACACUGGUACUGUGGAUGGGAAACUGUGGAUGAUCAGUGGUGACCAGCUGCAUUUCAUUACUCAGAUGGGGCAGGAUAUGCCUGAAUGUGGAACUCCAGACUACGAACCAGUAUGCGGCCGGCCCCAUGGAGUCCGAAUGGAUCAGGAUGGUAACUUAAUUGUGGUGGAUUCUUACUUAGGCCUGUACAAAGUCAAUCCAAGGACAGGAGAGAAAACCCUCCUGCUAUCGAGUGAAAAAGGUGUGGAUGGGCUUCCUUUCAAAUUUCUAAAUGGAUUAGAAAUAUCAAAGAAAACCUUGAUUUAUUUUACGGAUUCCAGUAGCAAAUGGGAAAGACGACAUCACAAAUAUGAGGUAAUCGAAACAAACCAUCUUGGUCGCCUCUUGGCCUAUGACCCCGUGACAAGAACAGGAAGAACGGUGCUCAGUGGCUUGUACAUGGCAAACGGGAUCGCGCUGUCUCCCUAUGAAGAUUACAUAUUAAUAGCAGAAACCAGCAUAUGCAGAAUCAUACGCUAUUGGGUGAGUGGAGCUAAUGCAGGGAAAAAAGAAGUUUUUGUGGACAACCUGCCUGGGUAUCCAGACAACAUCAGAUUAUCAAGCACAGGCUUAUACAGAGUUGGAAUAUCUACUACUCGCUUUCCUAGUUUCUUUUCUCCCUUUCUGGAUGCUUUAGGACCCUAUCCAUUCCUGAAGAGAUUUAUUGCAAAGGUGACUCCUUUAUCAUUCUACAGCAUUUUUCUUCAUAAACAUGGCUUGUUCUUAGAAAUUAACAACAAAGGAGACAUUGUGGCAAGCUUCCAUGACCCUGAUGGUAGCGUCACCUGGGCUGUCAGUGAUGUCUUUGAGCACAAUGGGAAGGUGUAUCUAGGUAAUACAGAGUUGCCUUUUCUUGUGGUGCUGCAGUAAACUUUAGAGUUUCCAUAGGCUGGAGCAUCAAAAGAAAAAUAGCAGCCCUGUUUCAAGCAGCUGUUAAUGACUUUUCUCUACUUAACAGAGGGCUGCUACACCACUGAAGGAGAAAUUAAACUUGUACCAUGUGGUUAAGCAGAAAUGAAAACAAUGCAGAAAUACUUGUUUUAGAAGCUUGUGAAAGCCUGAUUUAGACAGGUUAAAGGUACCAAAUCACUUUGCUCUACAGUGCAGAAAAUAGCUAUGUAUAUAAUUUUUAAGCAGUUGCACAGAAUCAUCCAAGGAAUUCAGCUCUGCCAUGGGGACUGAGGUGAGCGAGCAGCACCUAUCUCGCUGUUGCUCACAGUUCCCAUUUUGGAAAAAGCCUUACGUAGGAUUUUAUUCUUCUUCCUUCCCAGAGGCAGAACAUACUGCUUUUAGUUUGGAGAGCAGUUUUUCCAUUGUCUCUUUUUAAAAAAGUUUUCUAUCUAUUCAAUGACAUCAGUUUCCAAGGAAAUAGGAGCAAGUACCAGUUGCAUUUACAUGUGUUCUCUCACCUCAGUGCUUCUCCCUGGUGCAAAGUAGUCACACGUUGCCUUGCUAGGUGCUGUAUAUAAGGUUCCCUGUGACCACAGGAAAGGUCACUAGAGGCCAUUGUGAGGCAGCAGGGCAGUAAGCAGAGAACACGCUAAUAAAUUAGGAAUUCAAUCUUCAGAAAUGUGACACAGCUUGAUCCUUUGGGAAGAUGUAACUGAAGUUCAGUAACAAAGAUGGGAAGUUUGAUAGGCAGUUUAUUUUUAAUUUCCCAAAAGUGCAGCAGUGAACAGGGUCCUCUGGAAGGGCACUUUCUAAACAAACGUUCCAAACAGCAGAAGUUAAGUAUGCUCACAACAUGCUACAGCAAAGUAUGCUCACGUACAGAGAGAGUAUAAUACAAAUAAAAUCCAUUUUAAUUAAAUCACAACAAAUGACAGCUGUUUCAUUAUGAUGAAAUAUUGUAUUUAGCUUGUAGAAUCAGUCUUAAACUUAACUUGAUUGAAAAGGUGCUAAUACUGGCUUCGGGUGUGUGUUUGCAUUUAUGUGUCCCUGUUACAGCUUUAUUCCUUGAAAUGAAGCAGCCCAAUUUACUGGGCCUAUGCUGGGUAAGCACAUACUAACUGUAUUCACUUAUGCUGGAAGUGAUGAUACUGCAUGGUGUUUGGUUUAGGAUAAUGUAAAUAAAGUCAUUAACUGUA